CCUCUCCUACCUCAGCGUCUACAUUGAGACAGAAAAUGGCCCUGAAAUGGAGGGGGAAAAAAAAAAAAAAAAAAAAAAGGUGCAAUCUGAGGGUGCAGGAGGCGUCCGAGAGCGUCGCGGCCCCGUCUGCGGGUGGGAGAUUGAAGGUCUCCUCCCUCCCCAGCCGAUAAAAGCUGGCGGAGGCAGAGACGGGACCGAGCUUUGACUGAGCCUGUGCCAGAGAGGGGGGAAAAAAACUCCAAGAGAGAGGAAAAACUCCAAAAGAGGGGGAAAAAACCAAGCGGAAAGAACAGCUGGUGGAGGCAAAGCAACCAGAGGAACCCCAAAACGGCACCAAGGACAACCCCGAAAGGUUCGAGAGGGGGGGAAAUCCCAGCGUUGCCAGGUGGGUUACACCACCCUACUGUCUCUUUUUUGGGGGAAAAAGGGGAUUUUGAGCACUCUCCCCAUCCCAUCAACAAGGGAAGGAAAGCGGAUUUAUCCUUGCUUUGCCCUCAGGAUCUUUGUUUCGGAUUUAAAGGUGGUUCGAGGUGGUUGGUCGUGGUUAUUUGCUUCUUGUCUCCCCAUAACGAUCCAGGUGGGGAAAUUUGGGUGAGAAGCAGCACGGCUCCCGUUUAUGUCUUAAUUUAAAGCUGCUUUCCCCACCUUUUCCCCACUUUUAUCCAUCCGCCUGCUGCUUUCAUUCCCCUCUCUGCGGUUUUGUCGGGGAAAGCACGCGGGAAAGCAGCAACCUGUUGAUUUCUGAGUAUUGCAGCGUGGUUUCUUCAACAAUUUUGGGGCUUUAUUACAAAUUUUCAGUGCUCCUUACUGCGGGCAACUGCUUGUUUGCACUCAAAACCCCACGCUGGGUUUCAGAGGCUGGAUUUGAGGCCCUCUGACGCCAGCUCUUAUCUCCCCCGUGCACAUUUUUCCUGGGGCCAACCGCAAACUUCUCCACCUCUCGCAAGAUUUCUCUGGACGUGGGGAAGUUGGACUCUGCUUAUCUUAAUUAGAAGGAUUUUUUUAUUACUCAAAUAAACCUUAUUGGAUUUGAUUGCCCAAGAAAAUGCGUGGUGGAGGCAAAGAUGGAUUUAAGAUGGAUUCAUCCCUGAGCCAGCACAAGGAAUGGGGAUUUUGGGGUAUAAUCAUAUCUAUGAGCAGGGAGGGGAGGACGUCGCGGGCGCGAUGGCUUUCUUCCUCAAACCGCGGCCGCGCACGUGGGAUCUCGUCCUGGACUAUUCCGCAGCAAAACAGUUUGAAGUGGACGUGACCCUGGAUCCAGCCACGGCGGGUCCCGAGGUGAUCCUCUCUGAGGAUCUCAAAGAGGCCACCUGGGGUAGACCUGGAUGCCGGUGGCCUGAAGGGCCGAGGCAGUUUGACACGGAUCCGUGCAUGUUGGGCAGCCAGGGCUUCACCUCAGGCCGUCACUACUGGGAGGUGGAGGCGACUGGGCGCUUCUGGGCCGUUGGGGUGGCCCGCGAGUCGAUUCGGAGGAAAGGCCGGGUCCUCUUCAAGCCCAACACCGAGAUUUGGGGCUUGCAGAAAUACGAUGAGCUCUGCGUGGCCCUCACGGCUCCUUCCAACACCUCCGUCCCGCUCCUCAACGGGGAGAUCGGGGUCUACCUGGACUACGAGGUGGGACAAGUCUCCUUUUACGCUGUCGGCAGCCGCCAACGCAUCUUCACCUUCCCCGUGGGCUCCUUCCGUGGAGAAAAGGUCUUGGAGUCAUUUCCACCUCAGCUCAUGGUCCUGCCUCCGUCUUCGAUGGCUCCAGUUUGGGUUGUAUCCAGGGGGUUUUGGGUCUGAGCUCGGCGCAGCUCAUCCCACUGUUGUUAAAUUCAUCAAAAGCUCGUUAACGGGAGCGGGGCUUCACCGAGGUGGUUUUGAGGUGAAAACCUGGGUUUUCCUCUCAAACUCAGCCCCUUCUGAAGAUGUCUUUUACUGACCUCAGUGCCCACCAUUGUCUGGGCUUCCAACCCAAAUUAAAAAUCUUAAUUUUGCCAGGUUUUUUGUCAAUACCAGCUGCUACCUCGGUUUAUUUUCUCACUGUGAGGAUGUGCUCGUGCUUGCUUACCCCCCCACCCCGUUUUCUUCUGCUUUUCCCCCCGCCUAGGAUAUAUUUCUGUGUAAUUAAUGUGCGAUUAAUUAUAAAUGUGCUCAGAAUAUACCACA